GCGGGGGGGCGGGGCACGGCACCGGAUCUUCCCCGCCUGGGCCUGCAGACCUCGCUGGGCUGGCAGUGACUGCAGUUUAGGUCAAGGCUCCUCGGUCACCCUGCACUGGGUUAAAAGCCCACUUGAGGAGGGGUUCCUGAGAUUUGAGGGACACGACUGGGCCACAGGCUAAGGCUACAAAGACGAUUAUGACACAGUCCUCGCCCCCAAAGUGCGCACAGUCCUGCGGGGGAUGGAGCAGAAGCCGCUGGUAACACCAGCCGGAGUUAAGGACUUGGGGUUACCGGAGCAAACAGGGUUUUGCGGAAGGGCGGGGCUCUCAGGGAGGGCUUCCUGGAGGAGGUGACCAGGGGACAAGGCUGAGAUGCCCGAGGGCAGGCCGUGAGGUGGAAGCUGCGGAGGAGAAGCUACUUUGAGUAUUUCAGAUUUUGAAUAUUUGAACUUUCCUUCAAAAUAAUGUCAGAGGACACACUAAAAGCAGAACACUCACCUAAAAUUCAUCAACAAACUGAUCAACCACAGGUCGCAGAUAGAACAUUUUUCACUGAUGCUUCUAAUCAGAGCUUGACAGCCUUUCCUCUAGAGAUCUUGGCAUUAAAAGAAUUAGAGGAAGUGUAUUUGGAAAAUAAUCACAUUAAAGAAAUUCCCCAGGAUAUUCAGCAUUUAAGGAGUAUCAGGAUCCUCUACCUGGACAAGAACAACCUGAAGGGGCUAUGCCCUGAGCUGGGGGCCCUGAGCAACCUGGAGGGCCUGGACUUGAGCGGCAACCCCCUGGCACCCUCCUCCCUCCAGGUUCUCAGCAGCCUGAGUGCCCUGCGAGAGCUGCGGCUCUACCACGUCGACCUGGGGGAGAUUCCCGUGGUGAUCUGUAAAAACCUUCACCACCUCGAGCUGCUCGGACUGUCCGGAAACCGCCUAGAAUCUCUGCCCAAGGAAAUAGUGAACCAGAUCAAACUGAGGGAGAUCCACCUGAAGCAAAACCAAUUCAAGCUUUUUCCUCAGGAGCUCUGUGUUCUCCACAACCUGGAGAUCAUUGACCUGGAUGAGAACAAACUCAGUGCCCUCCCAGAAGAAAUUGGGGAUCUGAGGAGGCUGCAGAAGUUCUACGUGGCUCAUAACAACCUGCCCUCUCUGCCCAAGUCGCUAUGCCAGUGUAGCAAAAUGACUGUGCUCGAUUUAUCCCACAACCUCCUCGAGUGCAUGCCAUGCACCCUUGGAGAGCUCACGGAGAUGACAGAAAUUGGGCUGAGUGGGAACCGCCUGGAGAAAGUGCCGUGUCUCUUCUGCAGUUGGCCCUCGCUGCACCUGCUCUACCUGCACAACACUGGCCUGCGGGGGCUCCGGAGCUCCUUCCAGCAGCUGCUCAACCUUCGAUUCCUGAAUCUCAGCCAGAACCACCUGGCCCACGUCCCUUCUCAGAUUUGUGCGCUGAAGAACCUGGAAAUCCUGGCGCUGGAUGAUAAUAAAAUACGGCAGAGCCUUAAAGAACUGUAUAUAGAGAAAAAUUGUCUGGAGUAUCUGCCUGUAUCCUUGGGGUCAGUGCCUAAGUUGGAGGUUCUUGAUUGCCGGCACAAUUUGCUCAAGCAACUCCCAGAUGAAAUUUGCCAAGCACAAGGUCUAAGAGAGUUGCUGCUGGAGGACAACUUGCUCACUCAUCUUCCAGAGGAUUUGGACAGCCUAGAGAAUCUUAAGGUUCUAACACUGGUGAAUAACCCCAUGGAAUACCCCCCUGUAGAAGUGUGUGCAGAAGGCAAUGAGGCCAUAUGGACAUACCUGAAGGAGAGCAGAAGGGAGAGAAGAAAGACAACAAAGGUGAAAUUCAGGCCUGGUGGCGUGGAAUCAUGGUACGGAAAGGAUUGGGGAAAUUUGAAGAACUACAAAAAGCAAGCAAGAAAGAAAAGACCUCCCCAAAAGAUAAGAAAGGAAAGAAGAAUGGAAAAGGAAAACCUGGAAAAGGAAAUAAGAAAUAAUUCUAUAAAUUCAUGAGUUGAAGCAAUAAACCCUAUUAGAUUAAGAAGGUAAAAUAUCUACGAAUUAGAUACCUUCCACAC